AUGUUCUCGCCAUUAACAAUCAUGUUAAACAAACGCAUCGUUGUACUUGGGGCAGGUGUUUCAGGAUUAACUACGGCUAGUUUGCUUUUGCAGCAAGAAAAAGGAAUUAAGGUUCACCUAAUUGCGAAACAUUUUCCAGGAGAUUUAUCUGGAGAAUACACUAGCCCUUGGGCUGGUGCGCAUUGGAAGAGCCAUGCUACAAAUGAUGAAAUUAGGCAACAAGAAUUUGAUAGAGAAACUUAUAACCAUUUUUGGAAACUUGCUAAAACACAACAAAAUGAGACAGGAAUCAUGAUUAUCGAUGAAUUUGAAUAUUGGGAGAACAUUCCACAAGAUUUUUCGGAUCCAUGGUUUAAAACAUUAUGUCAUGAGUAUAGACAUUUAAAAAAAGAAGAACUGCCAAAAAGUGCUGAGUUCGGGAUCACAUAUAAGUCAGUUUCCAUUAAUCCACAGACCUAUCUUAAAUAUCUCCUCGACACUUUUAUUUCAAUGGGCGGCACCACCCAAUACGCCGAUAUAUCGCAUAUAAAUGAAUGUAUUAAAAGCGAAACAGAUAUUGUGAUUAAUUGUUCUGGCAUUCAUGCCAGAACACUGAAGGGAGUUGAAGAUUCUAACGUCUAUGCGGCAAGGGGACAACUUGUGAUCGUUCAAUCGAAUAUAAAUUGGGCUUUUUUUUAUCGAGAAAAGGCUGGAAAUAAAUCAGAGUUGACAUAUGCGAUGCCCCGUGGUGAUGAUGAAGCCGUUCUUGGCGGGACUUACGAAGAAAACAACUAUUCGACAGAUAUUGAUCAUGAUGCAGCUACAAGAAUUAUUCAACGAUGUCUUGCUGUUCGUCCAGAUCUCUUACCAAAAGAUCAGACUCAAUUAACAAUAAAGGGUUAUGGAGUUGGUCUCCGACCCUGUCGUAAGGGUGGUAUAAGGAUCGAUGCAGAAUGGAUCACCUCUGAAGAGUUUGACAAAAAAAUUCUCAUUUGUCAUAAUUAUGGUCAUGGCGGUGCUGGGUACGAAUCGAGUUAUGGUUCUGCUAAACAUGUGAUAAAUGUCAUGAAAGAAAUGCUACAGAUGCAAUAA